GUAGAUCCAUUCACAAUGCCAGAACAAGAUUUUGAGGUUUUGAGAUUUAUAAAAACUCUCCCAGAAGCACUCAUUUCCCGUGUCUUUUCCACUCUUCCGGUGGCCCAUAUAGAGGCGUUUUUCCAUCAUCCCCAGACCCGAGCCCUUGCCAGAACGCGGUACUAUGCCGAUGUGGUGUUGGAUAUGUAUGACGAGGCCACCGAUGCAGAUGAAGAGCUUGUGUUGAAGAUGCCGUACGAAGAAUUUUUUGACUUGUUAGACGCAAAGUACGAGCUGAUGCAGGAUGAGGAGGAGGACCAGGAAUUCGCCGAUGCUGCCAUCCAAAACUUGGAGGUGAGGUUCUUCGGGACGUUUGAGGAGUUUUCCACAUUGUUUGAGGACCACGUGGUAGUGGCCUUGAACCAUAUGGUGGAAAAAUUAACCGUGAUGUUUAAGGUCGGUCUUGGCAAGACCGCAACUACUAGCGUCGACUUUUCCCCCUUUACCUGCCUCCACAACGUGUGGAUGACCAAGGCUGAGGACCACGAAGCGGUGGAUGGUACGUUGAUGAAUUUUGGGGGUGUCAAGAAGUUGACCUUUGACGAGGGUGUGAUUGCCAAUACUGCCGGGUUGAGCUUGCCGGCGAGCUUGAUUGUUUUGGAAGUGCUAAACUUCGGUACGCUUACCAUUCCAGAAUCCUUCCGCUUGCCUGUUGGGUUGAAAAGCUUAGAGAUGAUUGGUCAGAGCAUUGACGGGUUUGGAAACUUGGUGUUGCCUUCGUCCUUGCAGAACUUCUCCUUGAGUCUUAAGAAGUUCUCCGAGCUACUUCCAGUCUGGACUUUUGCCUACCCUUCGAGCUUGCGGACCUUGGCGUUGGACGGUAACGGUAUCACUGAAUUGGCACCAUUGGGGAUCGAGAGACUUCCUGCACUGGUACAGCACAUUUCCUUAUCGCAUAACAAGCUCAGCAGCGUGCACGCGGAAAUCAAGUUCCCGGAAUCGCUCAGGGUGUUGAAUUUGUCGAAUAACGAAAUCACCAGCAAAUCACUCAAAAGAAAGCUCCGGGAGAGAUUCACCGCAAAGGUUUACUUUGACGAAAUCAAGUACUACGACGAAGCCUACCACGAGCAAUUCUAUUAGAAACUCUUCCAAGGUUGGCUAACCUUCUCGUCUUCACACAUAUCUACCGCAUAAAAGUUAUAGCUAAAAGCUCAAUAGUCUGUUAAGGGGUAUUCUAUUACGGUAUCAGAAGAGGUUACCCCGUUUACCUUAGAUUGAAUACGCAUAUAGU